ACAACGUGUCUUCGCGCCACUGAGAGCCCAUUUCACUUCCUCUUUUUGAAUUCAAAGAAGAAAACAGUCGGUGGUUGAAGAAAACGACAAAAUGUCAUUGAAGCUUUUAGAGGCAAAGUGGAAAACAGCCCUGAGCUCCAUCCUGGAGGAGCUGACUGAGCCAGAAUUCAGGAAAAUGCUGUUCAAUCUGGUCAAAAUCCCUCAAGGAGUGAAGACUGGCAAGGCCAGAGAAUAUAUCCCUGAUUUAAUUGUUCAGUACUACGGGACAGAAGGGUCCAUCUCUGAAAUAGAUAAAAUAAUGAAGAAUAUACCAAGGCAAGACGCUGCAGUCCAGGAGCUGCUGCGCCCCUUUUUGGAGAAACUGAAGAAACAACGGCAAGGAAAAAAAGAGAUGACGAGAAAACUUUCAAUUGACAUCGGAUCAGUGGCCAAAAAGCAAAAACGUGCAGCUGAUCAACUGAAGAGCUGCCAACCUGACCAGAAGAAAACCAUCAGUCAACUUGGCAUAAAAGCGCAAGCUGGGAAAGUUGUGCAGAGUUCUGCUCAGUGCACAAAUGAGAAAAAAGGGAAGAUGGAUCCUGAAGCCGUGAAGCCCAAAAAGAAGACCGAGAAGCAAGAUUCAUGUCUGAAACCUCAAGCAUCAGCUUCAGCAUCAAUAAAUAUGGAUCCUGUUGGAGCUGUGAAGCCCAAAAAGAAAACAGAGAAGCAAAAUUCAUCCCUGAAACCAUCUGAAAUCUCCAAAACCUUCAUGGUAGCUGCAUCUGUUUCACCUGAGAUGGAUCCUGUUGAAGCCGUGAAGCCCAAAAAGAAGACAGAGAAGCAAGAUUUGUUGUUGAAAACAGCCGAAUCCUCCAAAACCUCCAAGGCUUCAAGUGCUGCUGUCCAGACUGGAAUGAUUAAAAUAAUGGAAAUCAAAAUGACCAAUAAGACGAACACUCACCUUGAGGUAGAGUUCAACGACCGGAUGCAGACGGUUUAUGUGACAACUCGUCUUCUGGCAAACACAUUUGGCCUCAAAGUGGAAGAUGAUUUUGAAAGGAGACUCCGCUAUCUAAUGCCCCUCACAGCAGAAGCAACAUUACAAGGAAAUAAAAUCACAGACAUUAAAACCAUGUGAAAAAGGGGUGCUUGGUAGCUCACUUGGUAGAGUAUGCACCCCUAUAUACAGAGGCUGUAAUCCUUACGCUGCAGCCCUUUUCUGCAUGCCAUCCCCUCUCUCGUUCUCCCUGCUUUCCUAUCAAUCUUCAGUUGUACUAAUAAAGGCGAUAAAGCCAAAAAUAUAUAAAAAAAGAUGCAUUUCUGUAGAAGGGAUAUGCUUUUUACUUACUGUACUCUGGUUGUUGUACAGGGAGCCCACCUGUGUGUUAAAUUAGGGUGGCGCUUUUAGUGAAAGUGUUGGUUUGUGUUUUCUGUGUCAGCGGUGGGAUACUCCCGGUGCUCCAGUGGCUGGUUGGCUGUACGAGUGUCUGUUCUUUUUCUUUUUCUAUUAAUAAAAAGAGCCCCUUAUGGCGGUUAACACAC